AUAAAUCAUUGCGUAAGUAUUCCCAACAAUUUCUCUUCGCGACACCACACUCCUUUCACUUUCAAUAUUCUUUCUGUUUCUCCUACUCCUUCCACCGUCUUUGUCGCCCUUCCCACAUCUCACCGUCCCCAAGUCCCUCAUCCUUCUCCCCUUCCCGUCUUCCUUGUCUAAUCUUACUGUCGGCUCUAUUCCCCCUGUCUUUCCCCAUCCUCGUCUUGCUGUCUCGUCUGCCUUUCGGGAUUUUUUCAAUCCGAAUAGUUUUUGGACCUUUCUGGCGAAGUUUUUUUUUUUUUUUUUACUAAGGGGCGAUCGACGAACGUUAUGCCCUGAAUGGAUUACAACCGCUACAGUGAGAUACAGAGAUUGUUUGGUGCGCAUAUCAAAUAUUAUGACCUAUGUAGCGAGUGUUUAGUGAGUUAGUAUUGGUCUAAAACGGAGUGUGUGGAUGCAGGGGGCGGGGGUGCUUCUCUAGGGUGAAAUAUGUGAAGACGGCUUCGAGCACCAGCUGCAGAUCAAGACUCAAUAUUGCUGUAACCCACGUCAAACAGACCUUUCCACCGAGUAGGCAGUGGGUCAAUGCACAGUCCCAACAUCAAGCAGCGGCGGACUGGCGGUCACCAUUCGGCGAGCCGAUCGUCCAUCCCAAGCGGAGCCUCGGCAUCAGCAGCCUUUAUGGUAUCGUCCUGACUUCAGAGACGUCCUGUAAACGUCGAUUAAGUCCUUUGGGUUAUUACUGUGAGCAGCAUGUCCCAAAGAAAGCACUAAGGCCAGUCUAGGAAAAUGAGAUCGGUGUGGACCCAAGCAGCUCUCUUCUGCCUCCUGCUCCUGGAAGCGAGAACUGCAGUGUGCUUUACACAGGUGCAGUGCUCAGUUUCUCCAGUAGGGUCACUGCACCCAGUGCAGGGUCUGCUGGAGCAAUUUGGGGCAGGGCCUGGAUGUGCGGCCAGGGAGAGCGGCGAUAAGGAAACCCAUGUGAUCUCUGUGGGCGGAGCCUCUGUUGUUCAGCCCAAUCAGGUGACUGUUCUGCUGCGUCCGCUGUCUUUCUCCCACCCGCCUGUCCGGCCUGUGACACUGGUGCUCAGCUCCCAGCAUGCUGUGUCCUGGUGGCUAGAGGGAGAGAGACUGCCUACCAACUUGGUGGUCAUUGUACAGAUGUCGGCCUUCUCUGACGUCCAAACACGUGGAAUGGCAGUCCAAGUGCGGCAGGUUCCCUCGCUGCCUUGGCGCCCUCGGCCACUGCACCGCUGGGUCUUAAAGAACCACUCGUCCCUCUCGUCCCUCAAUCAUGCGGAGCACGCUAAUCGGGUCUACCUGCGACUUGGGGAGGACCCCACCAUGCCCAGCGUGUGCCAGCUGCAGUCCCUCUUCCUGUCCCACAGCUACCUGACCUCUGACCUGCAGCUGCAGCCUAUCAGGGGCUGCCUUCCGCCGGGAGGCGGUGCCAGCAGGGAGGUCGAAGUUCAUGUGAUCAGUCUGCAGUCAGCAGGUUCUGGAAUGUGUGGCUCCCUGCAGGUGGAGGUACCCAUCUCAGUGCUGCCCCCGGUGGGCAAUGUCAGCUGGUACGAGUUGGUGCUGGUUCUCAGCAGCGCCACGCCGGUCAACUGGGCCUUGACCGCCAUCGGGCUGCAAGGUCACAUCUCGGUGUAUUCAUCCAACACAGUGUCCCCCCUUUACCCAUCUGAACCCGGGCUGACAAUGACCAGCACUGUAAUACCCAACCUCUAUAAGACCCGCGACCUUUUGGCCUGGGCAAAUCAGCAUGGUCUGCCAGCGGUGACGUCAUACACAGAGGCCGAUCUGGCCAAUCGCUUCACCAUCAAGCUGGCUGGGGGCAGGGCCGAGUACAUUCCCACCAUGCAGUCCCAGUUCACCUGGGUGGAGGGCGCCCCCCAGUGGGGCCAGGAGCGCAGGCUGAGGCAGUGGUUGAGCCAGCAAGGGGAGCCGGGCACAGUGGAUGGAGUCGCCAGUGAGUCUGUCAGCACGCAGUGCCAGGAUGGGCUGCUUGAGGUGGCCGUCAACACGAACGCCCUGCAGCCACCUUUCCCAGUGUUGGCCGUUACGUUGAGUGACCGCCGGUGCAAGGCCCGGUUUAAUGGCAGCCACUUCCUGUUGGUGUUCCCUGUCAUUUUCUGUGGGACGGAGGCAGUAAUGGAGAAGCAGCCUAAAGCAGUGUGGUACAAAAACACGGUGUUGCUGUGGAGAGAUAGCUCCGUGGAUGCUGAGCAUAACCGGACAGGGGAGGACCGGACCCCGCUGAUCAUAUAUGUGAGGAGGGCCUGUAGGGGCUCCGCUGAAUUGCCAAUGGUCAAUGUCAUCAGCCUGCUUGUUAACUGCCAAGUUGUGACCCCAACCAAUCAAGGAACAGCCCCUCCUCCCCACCAGGCCUCCCCCAGAGGCCUCUGGGCCCAGCAGGAGGCCAGGUCAGAGGAUUCGUCAGGCAGACACCCGGCUCUUACACCCAUCCUGUCCAUGCGCCUGUCUGUGACAGAGGGGUUCGAGAGGAAAAUGACGGGACCCUAUAUCAUCAUGGCCAACAGCCGCGUCCAUGUGGAGGUGUCUGUGAGGGGGUUUCUGAGGGGCAGCGUGGAGGUCAAGUCGUGCGUGGUGUCCCCACUCUCACACCCUGAAGCCGCCCCCAGCUGGAUGGUCAUCCAGGGCGGUUGUUCCUUCGACCCUAUGGUCAGGCUGAGCGGAGAAGGGGAGCACCAGGGCUACGGUGGCGGGUGGAGGCAGGACACAGCGACAGGAAACGGGGGCAACAGAGAAGGAGGAGGAGACGCGAGGAGCAGAGGAAAGAGGAGGAGGAGAGGAGGCCCAGGGCAUGGAAAGAAAGAAGGGAGAAGGAGCGAUGAGUGCGUCUUGGAGCUGAGGUUCAGUUUCAUCCUCCACCCCAUCUACAACAACCCCAUCCAAUUCCUGCACUGUCAGCUGCACCAGUGUGAUGAAGAAGCUGCCCCCACUGCGCCCAGCCCCACCAGGGAAACUGCAGAGGCUGACUGUGCGGAGGGAAUCCGCGUCCCUGCUCUCGUCGCUCAGCCAAAUCGCGGAAAGUGCCACUACAGGACACUGUCUAGACCAGUGGUGGUGACUCAGCCUGUGGGAGCGCGUCAAACCCUGCCACCUGUUGUUCAGUCAGUUCUCAGGCCCAGAAUGACCACAAAGUCUAAGUCCAGUGCUGCAGACUUGGGCAAUGGAAUCGAUACUGCCCCAGUGGUGGGGAUUGUGUUUGCUGCUUUCCUGAUGGGUAUCGGUCUAAUGGGGGCGCUGUGGUGUAUCCACAGUCACACAGGGAUGAGCCCAGCCUUCAGAAGAGGCAGCCUCCUUGACAGUACACCCCAGCCCACCGCCGGCAGUCGCCCUGCACUGAUGGAGCACUCCAGCAGCUCUGUGUGACGGUUGUUUCAGUUUCUGAAAAAGUGAAAAAGAAUGAUUUUCAGUGUGUCUUACAAGAAGGUGUGUGUGUGUGUGUGUGUGUAUAUGUCUGUGAGAGAAAGAAACAGAGAGAUAGGGUCUGAAGGAGAGAGCAAUGAAUGACAAUAAGCAUCAGACAUUCAAACGGAUGGUUUACCCUGCGGAUGUACCCUCCCGGUCCUACUCCUGCUUGUGUGUUUCCUCUGAGCUCUCUAGCUAAAAUCCAGCCACAUACAGUAUCUGCGAUAGCAAAAGACCUUCAAGGUGAAAUAAAGAGUAAAGGGGGAUCUGGGCAGACUCACGCAAGCCGAGCUCGCUGUCAGGGCACAGAUUCGCAAAGCAAGUCUGGAACAAAAGCAGUGAAUAAGUCAGCUGAUAAUGUAUGCCAGUAUGAGGAUUGUAAACUUUGUAUAUUUCAGCUUAGCAUAAUUUUUCCUAUCAGACUUGUCUCUCAAUAAAUUACCUGUGAUA